UGACCGAUUUGCUGCAGUUUGAACCCUAAAAAUUUUCAUAASAGGACAGAAAAUUCUUCCAACUUUCAACCCCUUUGGGGCCAAAAUAAUACGUCCUGGACUAAAUAUCUACAGUAGAGAUGUUCUAGAUACUAUCCAAGAUGUCAGGGGUUGGAAUUCCUUCGAGUAAUGCUGUUCCUGGCGCUGAACRGAACUCGUUGUAUAGCGAUGAUUCAAGGAAUCAUUUCCAAGCAAAUCAAUUAGGCAAGCAUGGUGUUUUUGUGCAGGAAAACGCGUCUCAAUCAUCAUCUUCACGAACACCGCAAAACACCUAUGAAAUGGAUAACCAAAGCUCAAAACCAACUGGAAACCCAGGUCAUUUUAUAUCUGGGAAUCAGUUCCCAAGACAAAUGCAGAACAAUUAUCAACCAAAUACAAAUACAUCUUUACCAAAUGGCCCACCAUUAAGGGGAACUCCACCACUUCCAGCACAUCAGAAUGGUCCAAAUAUGAGUCCUAUGCAAGUACCAUUUUCCAGUAAUGGACCAUCACCUAACGCUGGACCAUCAUCUUUUUCAUCACCAUCAAGUAAUCCUGGUAUGACUAGAUCUCAACAAGGGAUGCCGCCAAAUGCAAUGCAGCAAAUAUCUACACCUCCUCCUAGUUCAAGACAACACCCAUCGCAGACACACACUCCUCAACAUUAUGCUGUUAAUAAAAACUCCUUGCCCAUGCCACAAAUGCACACUAUGUCGGCAUUUACUCCUGUUGUAGGCUCACACCCCCAGCCACAGCAGCUGUCACCCUCCGGUCCACCUCAACAGCCACCCUCAACAGCAGUAACAACUCCAUCUAGCCCAGCUACAUUGCCAGUUAGUUCAGACUCUGGUCCAGCAAUGCCUACCUCUCAGACCAGAUCUCAACGGUCAACCCCUAGUCCGCAGCCCUAUUCAGCAUUGCAUAGUGGUAAGCCUAAAAGGCCUGUGAUGCCUGAGGGACCAGGGAGUACUUAUCCUGGACAGCAAGGGAUCCCUCAGAAGCCAACGCCACCGUCAUCAGGGCCGCCAACACCUUCUGGUAUCCAAUCACCAAACAGUCAGGGUUCAAUACAACCCACAGGCUUUCCAGGCCCCGGGAAAGAUAGUUCAGGCGGUAGACCAUCUAUGAUGUCUAAAAGGAGGCAAUAUCCUACACAGCAAGCACCUUCAUUACCACCAGGAGGUAUGGCUGGCAUGUCUUACCCUGCUGGUCAGGGGUUCCCAGGACAGAUGACUGGUCAGAUGCCAGGACAGAUGCCUGGUCAAAUGCCAGGACAGAUGCCAGGACAGAUGCCAGGACAGAUGCCAGGACAGAUGCCAGGACAGAUGCCAGGACAGAUGCCAGGACAGAUGCCAGGACAAAUGCCUGGACAGAUGCCUAGUCAGAAGCCAGGACAAAUGCCAGGUCAAAUGCUUGGUCAAAUGCCUGGUCAAAUAUCUGGACAAAUGCCAGGACAAAUGCCUGGACAGAUGCCAGGACAAAUGCCUUAUUCUGGAAGUGGUAGAGGGCAGAGUCAACCAGGCUACCCUGGACUACCUGGACAAAUGGGCAGACUAACAUUACAGCAACCUGUUGGUGUCCAGCCUGUCAACCUUUUGGAACAAAGAAACAUUGUCCCGCCAGGACCACUUGAGCCACCAGUGCCUCCAUUAACUCCUGAUCUUCAGAAACGAAAUGGCCAUCCAAGUGUUCUCUGUUGUACUCUAAACUCUGUCCCAGAGACAAAAAGCUUAUUGACAAAAUCAAGACUUCCCUUUGCAAUACACUUGCAUCCCUUCAAAGAUCUCCAGAGUUUACCUGUAAUUCACUCAUCAGUCAUCACCAGAUGUCGGUCCUGUAGAACCUAUAUCAAUCCUUUUGUGACCUUCACUGAAACUAGAAGAUGGAGAUGUCCCAUGUGCUUUAGAACCAAUGAUGUUCCAGAGGAAUUCUGCUAUGACCCCACUACCAAAUCCUAUGGUGACCCUUCAAGGAGACCAGAAAUCAAGUCUUCAACUGUAGAAUUUAUAGCUCCCUCAGAGUACAUGUUAAGGCCUCCACAGCCAGCAGUUUUCCUCUUUGUUUUUGAUGUUUCUUUUAAUGCCAUUGAAACUGGAUACCUUCAUAGUGCAUGUAGAUUAUUAAAAGAGAACUUGGAUAGAAUGCCUGGAGACUCUAGGACAAUGAUUGGAUUCAUCACCUUUGAUAGCAAAAUUCAUUUUUAUAGUUUAAAGCCCAAAGCAACUCAGCCUCAAAUGUACAUAGUUUCUGAUUUAGAUGAUGUUUUCUUACCAGCACCAGAUGAUCUGUUAGUCAACCUGAAAGAGAAUAUGGAGCUCGUACAUCAGUUACUUGACUCUCUUCCCACCAUGUUCAAUGGUACUCAUAAUGUACACAGUGCAGUAGGAGCAGCAAUGCAAACAGCUCUUAAACUUGUGGGUCCUACAGGAGGUAGGGUAUCAGUCUUCCAGACUACACUACCAAAUAUUGGACCUGGUGAACUGAAGAAAAGAGAGGAACCAAAUCAAAAAUCUAAUGCAAAGGAUGUUGUAAAUCUAGCCCCAGCUACAGAUUUCUACAAGAAGUUUGCAUUGGACUGUGCUGCUGAACAAGUUGCUAUUGACUUGUUCCUUCUGUCUACACAAUAUGCAGAUAUAUCAUCACUAAUGUGUGCUUCAAAGUAUUCAGGUGGUUGUGUUGCAUACUAUCCAGACUUCCAUGUAGUUCGGAAUCCUGUUGCUGUUGAGAAGUUUGAGGCUGAAUUUGUUCGUUAUCUCACAAGAAAGAUUGGUUUUGAAGCCGUAAUGAGAGUGCGGUGUACUAGAGGUUUGGCAAUCCACACUUUCCAUGGAAAUUUCUUUGUGCGCUCUACAGAUCUAGUUUCUCUUCCAAACAUCAACCCAGAUACAGGCUUCACUAUGCAGAUUGAUAUUGAAGAUAACUUAACUGAUUCCAACAUCGUGUGCAUGCAGUCAGCACUUCUCUACACUAGCUCAAAAGGUGAACGCCGUAUAAGGGUUCAUACUCUGGCUAUGCCCACCACYACCAAGCUGUCUGAUGUCUACGCUCAUGCUAACCAAGAGGCUAUAGCAACAUUACUGUCAAAAAUGGCUGUGGACAGAACAUUAUCGUCUAGUYUGGGAGAUGCUCGAGAGGCUUUGAUGAAUGCGUGUAUAGAUUCUCUCUCAGUGUUCCGUCAAAGUGUGGCCAAUCAACCACAGAGCAGCCACCUCCUGGCUCCUUUCUCUCUGCGCUUGUUCCCGCUCUACACACUAGCCUUACUAAAACAUCUUGCCUUUCGUCUGGGUUCAACAGCUCGCCUGGAUGAACGAUGCUAUUCUAUGCAACAGUUCAAGACUAUGCCAGUUUCUCUUAUUAUGCUUACCAUCUACCCAUCGCUCUACCCUAUACACGACAUCUCUGACGAGAAUGGUCUUCAUACGAAGAGUGGAGUAGUACCACAACCUCCCUGCCUUAACCUCUCUGCAGAGAAACUCAGUAGACAAGGAGUCUUCCUCAUGGAUGCUGGUCAUGCAUUCUAUAUCUGGGUUGGCAAGGACACACCCGAUGGGAUUAUCCAACAGCUGUUUAACGUGCCUAGUUUUAAUAGUAUCGCUGAAAACAUGGGUUCAUUACCAGAACUAGACAAUGCUUUAUCACAACGCGUACGAUGCUUUAUUGAUUAUCUUCAAAGUCAAAGGACCUGUCAUGCUGUUAUACAUGUCUUCAGGGAGGAUAGUCGCAAUCGAAUGUUAUUCCUGAACAACUUGGUYGACGACAGAUCCGAGUCUGUUAUGUCGUAUUAUGAAUUUUUGGUACACCUUCAACGCCAAGUCAACAAGUAACUAAAUAACAUUAGCAGAUGUCUGCMAACCUUCUGCUCUUAACCAUACCUGCCCCACCCUCCACCCCUCAGUCUGACCCUUGGACUGUACGUUGGAAUAAAGAGGGGUAGGAGCGCAAGAGGUCACGAGACAUAUAGCCAGAUAUUAUGUACUUGAAGAUAAUUUCAGCAACUGCUGAUAAAGAGUUUAAAGACUUGAGACUUGAGAAAAACAUAUCGAGUUUAAAAUAAGAAUAGAACGAUUUAGGAAGGGAUCUUUCAAAUGCUUUCUCAUUUUUAUCAUGUGAUUUUUGUCGAAAAUGGGAAAAUUUCGUUCUCAUUCUGUCACCUUUACUUAUUUUUGGGGGGACUCAAAACUGCUGCAGGAAAUUUAUAUAAUAAAUUAUGACAUCAAAUAUAACAAUAGAAGGAAGUGGAAAUCCUAUUUUAGGAAUCCAAGAUUUUGUUGGUUUUACAAAAAAUUAGAAUCAUUAGAAUAUUGUUUGACUUUUGCUUUUUUGACGACGCCUUGUAGUCGGAAAAAAAUAAGAAAAAUGCAGGAUAGCUUGCAUUGUUUAUUGAAGGCUAAAAGCCUGGCACGACUUAUGACUGUUGAAGACUAGGACCAAGCUUAUUUGAAGGUUAGGGAUUGGUGGAGAAUGUGUGACGUAAUCUUCUGUGUAUUAGCCAUUCCGAAGACGAGUAAGAGAAUGGGUCGAGUUGGAUUUGCAGUGCAUUAUGGGGCUGUUUCAGGKGACAAAGUAGACGCCAUUUUUGAGUUCGAUAAACAKGRUGCAUUGUKGUCUAGCUUURAUAWAAACAACAGUAUAUGAGGCAUGAUGAACAAAAGAUGUCUGUACUGAAACUAGACCACAAUGCACCAUGUUCGCCAUCUUAAAAAUAGGUCUAUGGAAAUAUGUCCCGUAAAAUAGUCCCACAAUGCACUGCGAUGCCAACUCGACCCAGUCUUUUCCUCAACUUCAGAACGGCUAAUAAUGCCACCAAUCAGAGAUCGGUUGAAAGUGUAAACURAGCAAGAUGCACAAGAGAGGCAAUAUUUAACACAUGAAAUUCAUAGCCGCCAUGUUGGUUGUCCUUGGUCUAUAUUUUUAUCGACCAACAUGGCGGCCAUGUCUUUUCAUGUCGUUUCAUUUUCUUGGGGAAUUAUUGCAACCGCCUAUACAUCCACCAAAAUGAAAAGCAUGACAAUUCAAAUAAAGCAGUAGAGUCAGCUGAAUCUCAAGCAGUGAUUUGCUGUGAUUGGUUCGAAAGCUGCMGUGAUUUGGCGUUUCACAGUCUUACGAAAUUUGUUUGAAACACGCUCAGCAUACUUAAGGGGCCGGUUGUUUUAGWGGUAAUGGUUCUGUAAAGGCCAAUCUUACUUCACGAAAUUUACUUUAGCAUUAAGAUGGCAGUUAACUUAUGCGUUUUCUUCUUGCUUUGARUUAGAGCAAUAAGGCUGGAAUAGUGAGGUCUUUCUCUGAACACUGCAUGACGUUGGGAAAAAUCAAUUAUUUCAAGUAUAUAUUUUUUGACAGCUGAAACGAAAUGAAUGUUGCUAGGUGAUUAAAUAGCUGCUGUGCAAUGUGAGUACGUGCGAAGAAAUAUCUAGAACUACGCCAAUGUAAGAAAAAUUGCAUGAGUAA